CCCUAUAUUAUCAUUUUUUCAGUUUCGCUCCCAAUUUCUAAUAGCCAACUUGCUUUCGUAGUUUCCUAGCUAAACAGUAGAAACUAGAAAGUUUCCAAAUAGCUCUAGCUCCGCUUCAAACCUCCUCUUAUGUUUCUUAGCUCAACAGGUUUCUUCUUGUUGAUUUCUUAAUAAAGAAUCAGAGUGUAUAUUCCUCUCUCCAGUAUUAAUCCAGCGUUUGAAUCUAGGGUGAAGAAGUGAAUCAAGGAAUAUGAGUAAUAGUAUAGGACAUAAUUUAUUCCAAAAGAGUUUGAUUCGUCCGUCGGGUUUUGAACAUCGAAGCAAGCUCGAUUCUUCUGGCAUUCCUGCAAACUCUUUAUUACAAUCUGCCUCUGUGAGUCAAGGACCGCAGAUACGAAGGUCGCCGAUAUCCUCUAGUUUUUAUGGAAAAAAUUUGAGAGUGCAGAAAUCAAAAUUAGCCGUUGGAAAUCGUCGUCCAGCUAUUGUCACUCCACGGGCUGUAUUAGCUAUGGAUCCGGCAUCUGAGCUUCUAGGAAAAUUCAGCCUUGAUGGAAAUGUUGAAUUGCAGGUUUUUGUUAGCAAUCACACUUCUGUUUCAACUGUGCAAGUACACAUUCAGAUAACAUAUAGUAGUGAUUCUUUGCUCCUACACUGGGGUGGGAUACGUGAUAGAAAGGCAAAGUGGGUGCUUCCUUUGCGUUGCCCAGAUGGAACAAAAAAUUAUAAGAACAGAGCCCUUAGAAGUCCUUUUGUGAAGUCUGGCACCAGUUCUUACCUCAAAAUAGAGAUCGAUGAUCCUGCAAUACAAGCCUUAGAGUUUCUUAUACUUGAUGAAGCGCGGAAUAAAUGGCUUAAAAAUAAGGGUGAUAACUUUCAUGUUAAGUUACCUGCGCGAGAGAAGUUGAUAAUUCCAAAUAUCUCAGUUCCUGAAGAGCUUGUACAAAUUCAAGCAUAUCUGAGGUGGGAAAGAAAGGGUAAACAAAUGUAUACCCCAGAACAAGAAAAGGAAGAAUAUGAAGCUGCUCGUAUCGAGCUAUUGGAGGAAGUAACCAAGGGUAUUUCUGUUGAGGACCUCCGAGCAAGGCUGACAAACAAAAAUGAUAGAUAUGAAAUUAAGGAGCCAGCUGUGUCUAAAACAAAAAGCAAGAUACCUGAUGAUCUCAUACAGGUUCAAGCUUAUAUAAGAUGGGAAAAAGCAGGUAAACCCAAUUAUUCUCCAGAGCAGCAACAGAGGGAAUUUGAGGAAGCAAGAGAAGAAUUGCAGAAAGAACUGGAAAGAGGUGUAUCUCUCGAUGACUUGCGUAAGAAGAUCACUAAAGGAGAGAUCCAAAGCAAGGUUUCAAAGCAGCUGGAGAAAAAAGGAUAUUUUAGUAUUGAAAGGAUUCAGCGUAAAAAGAGGGACUUAGCACAGCUUGUCACCAAAUAUGCUGCUAAAUAUGCCGAGGAAGAUGUUUCAGUAGAACCAAAACUAAAGGCCUUGAAGGCAGUUGAACUUUUUGCUAAAGAAAAGGAAGAACAGGCUGGUGAUGCUGUUCUGAACAAAAAGAUCUUUAAGCUCCAUGACGGACAACUGCUGGUGCUUGUGACCAAGGCUGCUGGUAAGACGAAGAUUUAUGUUGCCACUGAUUUCGAAGAGCCGGUCACUCUUCACUGGGCGUUAUCUAGAAAGGGUAGAGAGUGGUUGGCACCGCCACUGACUGUGUUGCCUCCUGGUUCAGUUGCUCUGAGCGAGGCUGCUGAAACACAACUUAAAAGCAUUUCUUCUACUGAACUUUCUUAUCAGGUCCAAUCCUUUGAAAUGGAGAUCGAAGAAGAUAAUAUUGUAGGGAUGCCCUUUGUGCUUUUGUAUGAUGGAAAGUGGAUAAAGAAUAAUGGCUCAGACUUUUAUGUUGAAUUUAGUGGCGAACCUAAGCCAUUCCAAAAGGAUGCUGGUGAUGGAAGAGGUACAGCUAAAGUUUUAUUGGAUAGAAUUGCAGAGCUGGAGAGUGAAGCACAGAAGUCCUUCAUGCAUCGAUUUAAUAUUGCAGCUGAUUUGAUGGAGCAAGCAAAGGAUGCUGGAGAGUUGGGUCUUGCAGGAGUCUUGGUGUGGAUGAGAUUUAUGGCCACGAGGCAACUUAUUUGGAACAAAAACUACAAUGUCAAACCACGUGAGAUCAGCAAGGCACAGGAUAGGCUGACAGACUUGCUCCAGAAUAUAUAUACAAGUCAUCCACAGUAUCGAGAGCUUUUGCGGAUGAUUAUAUCUACUGUUGGCCGAGGUGGUGAAGGUGAUGUGGGACAGCGUAUUCGGGAUGAAAUCUUAGUUAUCCAGAGAAACAAUGAUUGCAAAGGUGGUAUGAUGGAGGAAUGGCAUCAAAAGCUGCAUAAUAACACAAGCCCUGAUGAUGUUGUAAUCUGCCAGGCGUUAAUUGAUCACAUUAAAAGUGACUUUGACAUCAGUGUGUACUGGAAAACUUUGAAUGAAAAUGGAAUAACGAAAGAACGACUUUUAAGUUAUGAUCGUGCCAUCCAUUCUGAACCAAACUUCAGGAGAGAUCAAAAGGAUGGUCUUUUGCGUGAUCUCGGAAACUAUAUGAGAACUUUAAAGGCAGUUCAUUCUGGUGCAGAUCUUGAGUCUGCUAUUGCAAAUUGUAUGGGCUAUAGAGCUGAGGGUCAAGGCUUCAUGGUUGGAGUGCAGAUAAAUCCCAUUUCAGGCUUGCCAUCUGGAUUUCCAGAAUUGCUUCAAUAUGUUCUCGAGCAUGUUGAAGAUAAAAAUGUUGAAGCGCUUCUUGAGGGUUUACUGGAGGCUCGGCAGGAGCUUAGGCCAUUGCUGUUUAAGUCUAAUAAUCGUCUGAAAGAUCUUCUAUUUUUGGAUAUUGCCCUUGAUUCUACUGUGAGGACAGCCAUUGAGAGAGGAUAUGAGGAAUUAAAUGAUGAUGGACCAGAGAAAAUUAUGUAUUUCAUCACCCUGGUUCUUGAAAAUCUUGCACUUUCGUCAGAUGAUAAUGAAGAUUUUAUCUAUUGCUUGAAGGGAUGGAAUCAUGCCCUAAGUAUGUCCAAAAGUAAACGCAAUCACUGGGCAUUAUAUGCGAAAUCAGUCCUCGACAGAACUCGCCUUGCCCUUGCGAGCAAGGCUGAAUGGUAUCAGCAAGUUUUGCAACCAUCAGCAGAGUAUCUUGGAUCACUGCUUGGAGUGGAUCAGUGGGCUGUGAACAUAUUCACUGAAGAAAUUGUUCGUGCUGGAUCAGCUGCAGCUUUGUCCAUGCUUCUUAAUCGACUUGAUCCAGUACUUCGGAAGACUGCUCAUCUUGGAAGUUGGCAGGUUAUUAGCCCAGUUGAAGCUGCUGGGUAUAUUGUUGUGGUGGAUGAGUUGCUCACAGUACAGAACUUAUCUUAUGACCGCCCUACAAUUUUAGUGGCAAGAAGAGUAAGUGGAGAAGAAGAAAUUCCAGAUGGUACAGUUGCUGUGCUGACACCUGACAUGCCAGAUGUUCUAUCCCAUGUUUCUGUGCGAGCAAGAAAUAGCAAGGUUUGCUUUGCCACAUGCUUUGAUCACAACAUUCUGGAUAAUCUCCGAGCAAAUGAAGGGAAAUUAAUGAAUCUGAAACCUACCUCAGCAGAUAUAGUCUAUAGUGAGCUAAAGAAGGGCGCGCUAGCAGAUUCAAGUUCAAAUAACUUGAAAGAAGUUGGUCCUUCACCUAUAAAGUUGAUCAGAAAGAAGUUCAGUGGUAGAUAUGCCAUAUCAUCGGAGGAGUUUACCAGUGAAAUGGUUGGUGCCAAAUCACGCAAUAUCUCACAUCUGAAAGGAAAAGUACCAUCCUGGAUUGGGAUUCCUACAUCAGUUGCCUUACCAUUUGGAGUUUUUGAGAAGGUUCUUUCAGAUGGUUCAAAUCAACAAGUGGCUAUGAAUUUGAAAGUGUUGAAGAAAAAGUUGGAACAAGGAGAGUUUAGUCAGCUCAGGAAAAUUCGCAAGACAGUUUUACAGCUGGCAGCACCCCCACAGUUGGUGCAAGAGCUGAAGACCAAGAUGAAAAGUUCUGGGAUGCCUUGGCCUGGUGAUGAAGGUGAACAGCGAUGGGAGCAAGCAUGGAUGGCUAUAAAGAAGGUCUGGGCUUCAAAGUGGAACGAGAGAGCGUACCUCAGCACAAGGAAAGUGAAGUUAGACCAUGAUUACCUCUGCAUGGCUGUCCUGGUUCAGGAGAUAAUAAAUGCUGAUUAUGCAUUUGUUAUCCACACAAUCAAUCCAUCUUCGGGGGACUCAUCAGAGAUAUAUGCUGAGGUAGUGAAGGGACUUGGAGAAACUCUAGUUGGAGCCUACCCUGGCCGCGCUUUGAGUUUUAUCUGCAAGAAAAAAGAUCUGAAUUCUCCUCAGGUGUUGGGUUAUCCAAGCAAAUCCAGUGGCCUCUUUAUAAGACGUUCUAUUAUCUUCAGAUCUGACUCUAAUGGUGAAGAUCUGGAAGGUUAUGCUGGUGCUGGCCUUUAUGAUAGUGUUCCAAUGGAUGAAGAAGAGAAAGUUGUGCUUGAUUACUCAUCUGAUCGAUUGAUCACCGAUGAAAACUUCCAAAAAUCAAUCCUCUCUAACAUUGCUCGCGCAGGAAGUGCAAUUGAAGAGCUCUACGGAUCUGCACAAGACAUUGAAGGUGUGAUAAGGGACGGUAAACUCUAUGUGGUCCAGACAAGACCCCAGAUGUAGUUUCCAUAUAUUUAUUUUCUUUGCCUUAUUUUUCCCCAUCGAAUUUUGCUAAUUAAUUGGAAUUGUGCACAACGGCAAAUUAAAAUAGGGGACAUAAUAUAUAUGAAUAAGCAACAACUGUAAAAGAUUUAAUAAAUUAGAAUUUGAGCUA